AUGCGGUCCAGACCACAUUUCUCUUCAUCUGAUACUGGAAUUAACAGAUAUGUAGCAGGGAUGAAGGAAGAAGGAUAUAGUGAUAGAAAGAAGCACGAUGAUGGAGAAGAUCAUCGUGGGAUCAGGAAGCGAAGGCCCAAGAGGGAUUCGCUAUUAGACGAAGACAGAAGCGGAAAGGAAAACAAGCGAAAGAAAAGUGAAGAGGGUGAGGAAAUAGGCUUAAGAAUGUCAUAUCAUAAACAUGAAAAUGACCCUACUUAUUCCAAGAGAAGGGGAAAUAGAAUUAAUCGUGAAAGGGAUUCAAAGUAUCAGAAUGAGAGGUUUGAUAAAUAUUAUAGGUAUUGGGAUAAGAAUGACACAGGAUAUCACCGUGAAAAGGGAAGUAGUAUUCACAACUGGAGGAAAUAUCCAGCAACAGAGGGGACAAGCUCAAGAAUUGAUGACAAUGAAAACAAUUCCAGAGGAAGGGAAACGAAUGAUUCUACACAAAAUAGUAACAUAAAUACUAAACAUGACUUGCAGGAAGACACAUUUACAAAUAAUUCUUCCACUCAGCAAAAUAGAACUGUCAAUUUAUUGACAUCUAGGACAGGAGGCGCAUAUAUACCUCCUGCCAAGUUAAGAAUGAUGCAAGCCCAAAUUAUGGACAAAUCUGGUGCCUCAUAUCAGAGGAUAGAAUGGGAAGCACUGAAAAAAUCUAUACAUGGGCACAUCAAUAAGGUGAACACUGGAAAUAUUGCUAUUAUCGUGCGAGAGUUGCUGAAAGAAAAUAUUGUCAGGGGGCGAGGGCUACUUUGUCGUUCAAUAAUCCAGGCGCAAGCAGCAUCAAUGACGUUCACCCAUGUUUAUGCAGCGUUGGUAGCAGUUAUCAACUCCAAGUUCCCAAAUAUUGGAGAAUUGCUGCUGAGACGGCUUGUCAUCCAGUUCAGACGUGGUUUCAAGCACAAUGAUAAGACGAUUUGCAUUUCUGCUGCAACAUUUAUUGCUCACCUUGUAAACCAGCGAGUGGCUCAUGAAAUUUUGGCUCUGGAGAUCCUAACUCUUCUUGUGGAAACUCCAACAGAUGACUCUGUGGAAGUAGCAAUAGCAUUUCUGAAAGAAUGUGGCAUGAAAUUAAUGGAAGUGUCAAAUAAAGGAAUUCUCGCCAUCUUUGAGAUGCUACGUAACAUUUUACACGAGGGACAGCUUGAUAAAAGGGUACAAUACAUGAUUGAAGUGAUAUUCCAAGUGAGAAAGGAUGAAUUUCGUGAUCAUGAAGCUCUUCUAAAGGACCUUGUUGAAGAAGAGGAUCAGUUUACACAUCUUGUCACAUUAGACGAUGCCAAGAAUUCAGAAGACAUUCUUAAUGUAUUCAAGUUUGACCCAGAAUAUGAAGCCAAUGAGGAGAAAUAUAGUGCUCUCAGAAAAGAGAUUCUAGAUGAAGGCGAUAGUACUUCAGAAAGUGACUCAAGUUUAGAAGAAGAAAAUGACUCAGAAGAAGGAAGUGAAAAUGAAGAGAACAAUAAUGAUGUCAUUAUUGACAAUACUGAAACUAACCUUGUGGCUCUGCGAAGAACAAUUUACCUCACAAUUAAUUCCAGUUUGGAUUUUGAAGAAUGUGCCCAUAAGUUAAGAAGGAUGGAGUUAAAGCCUGGACAAGAGAUAGAACUAUGUCACAUGAUUCUGGACUGCUGUGCACAACAAAGGACGUAUGAAAAGUUUUUUGGGCUCCUGGCUGAGAGGUUCUGCCGGAUAAAUAAAGAGUACAGCUCUUUAUAUGGAAAAAUCUUCAGACGAAUAUUCGAAAGAACCCAUCACUUGAAGACGAGGAAUUUGCAGAAUAUCGCAAAAUUUUUCAGCCAUUUGUUAUUUAGCGAGACAAUCAGUUGGGAUGUCUUCUCUAUAAUAACCUUAACUGAAGAGAAGACCACGAGUGCCAGCCGCAUAUUUAUAAAAUAUCUUCUUCAGGAAUUGGCAGAGGCCAUGGGGCUCCAAAAACUUUCCAUGAGACUGAAGGACUCAACGAUGAAAGCUGCUUUUGACGGCCUCUUCCCAACAGAUGACCCGAAAAAAAGAAAAUUUGCACUAAAAUUUUUCAUGUGCAUCGGUUUAGGAGGACUAGCGACAAGAAUGUCACUGUGUACAUGAAAUAGUGGGUUGGCAUUAAAUAAGUUCAAGAUUGGCUGCACACAUUUUAAGUAUUAUUUUUUAAUAUGUGCAGCUGAAACUGUAUUACAUGAUUUGAUGUUGUGUAUUAUAUAGCACAGUGCCAGCUAUUGAUUUCUGUGAUCAAUUAUUUAUGCAUGAGACAACAGAGAUAUGCCAAAAUAGGCAUUUAUUAAUAUUCUCUUAUAAAUAGGGGUUCUAUGUUUAGGCUGUGUUCAUAUUUUAUUUCUUGGUCAUGUAGUAAAAGCAGUGAACCAUUUUAAUAUGAAGUAAUUAAUGGGGUCAGAUUUUUUAUAUACAGCAAUCCCUUGUCAGUCAUAAGGGUUGCAUUGCUGUUCCUGAAAAACA